AGUUCAACUAGAUAAACGAUAAACAAAAUGUCGAAAUAAGAAAAUUUCGCAACGUCUGAAAUCGAUUCAUUAUAAAAAAAAAAACUCGUUAGCGCAAUAUAAUUACUUAAGAAGCUCGUGCGUCCGCUACUGGUAAUAGAACAUUUGUACCAUGGUGGUACCAAUGCACAAAGACUUGAAUCUACGGAGCGUAACGUAAUUUUAUAGUAUUAUGUCAAAUCGCGGUGGUUAUCGUUCUGAAACACAGUCCACGUUCACAAUUUUUUCCAUUUAUUCAUCAAUAUGUUUCGUGAUAGUUGCAGUGUUGAUGUGAUUUAUUAGGAGACUUUUAUUGGUGGCAGCGUAUUGAACUAGAUGGCAAAAAAAAUACAAAAAUAACGUUAUUACAGAAUCAUAAUGAGUGCAACAAUGUUUACGAAAAUACCCGAAAAUUCGAAAACUAAAAUCCCUAUCCCUGCUAGUCCGACUCCGUUGCGUAGACACAACAGUCUUCGUUUAAAAGGUGAGAAAUCGUUCAACUUCACGUCAAGCUCUAGACGUCGUGAUGAUGGUAACGUUAUAGUCCAGGAAAACCCAGAUCAGAAAGUCGUAGCGAACAGAGACCGUCACUGCAAUCGAUUUUCUUCGGCCGAAACGACGCACCAGUCAUCGUCGAACCCUCAUUUGAAACGGGGGCGAUCGUUCAUGGAUAGGAGCGAUAGGGGGGUGCAAAAUGGAACUAAGAGACCGGAAAAUAUGAAAAUCGGAUAUAGAAGUCCCGUGGACGUUUUAAAAAAUGGUACUACGCCCGAAUCUCCGAGUAGAGUGAGAAGUCUGUCCUUGUCUUUAUCUAAUGCUAGACAAGGCAACAAUACUUCCAAAUCGCCUUCAUUAGUUACAUCUUCUCCGAAUCGACAAAUUUCAGCAGAUUCGAGGAUUUAUUCCACUGGUGCCAUCGAUAAUUGGGACAACGAAAGUAUUACCAGUAUAGGGAGCAGCGUGGGGUCUUGUGAUCAUUCGAGUGUGGCUUGGAAUGGUACGACUUUUUCAGGACGAAGCAUGAAGUAUGUGUUUCAUUGUAACCAACAUUCAGGAGCUGUAGGCGAUGACUACCUGACGCCGACUCAAAGAGCUCAAAAACAAGUGAAAAAACUCAAAUAUCUUCUGCAACAAGCCCAGAAAGAUUUGGAGGAGAAAGAUAGUGAUAUUUUGAAAUUAACCAAAGAAGUAGUUGAAUUAAGAUUAUAUAAAGCCGCGUUGAGUUCACCAGAAGACAAAUCAAAUUCGAGUGAUGCCAUUACUGUUAGAGAGAAUAACAGUAAUGAGACAACUCCGGAAGAAACGAUCGAUGGGGUUAGGAAUCAUGUACCAAAUGAACUUAACGGUUCUUUUACGGAUUCGGGCAAUUUCGAAGACUGUACAAGUUCGUCCGUAUAUUCUAAAGAAUCAGAAGAAUGUAAAUCGCCUAGUAGUUUGAGGAAAUUAGAAAAAGCGACUUCGACAGAAGAAGAUCAGGAACAUAAAAGAAUCAUAGAGGAAUACGAAAGGAGGUUUCAAGAAUUGGUUAGAACACACGAAGAAGAAUCUUUACAAUUGAAGCAAAAACACAACGAAAAAGUUGAGGAACUCCUACAGAGGAUAAGCGAAAUUAACGACAGGUACUGGCAACUUGUUCCUGAACUAGAAGAGGCCAAAGAAAGGAUAAAAGAACUGGAACAUCAAUUAGAAGAAGCUAGUAAGAAGCUCGAUGAACAGAUCGCCGAAACAGCAAAGACUGCUAAAUCAGAAGAACUUCUAAAUAGAAGUGAAGAGCUAGUAAAGCAUCAUAACAAAAUAGUCGAAUUGGCUCAACAUCCUAGUCGUGUGUCAGUUCCUGAAUUAUUAAAAGAACUACAAGUGACAAGAAACGAGCUGGAAAAUAUACGGGACGUUGAAUAUGCAUCAACUUCUAAUAAUUCACAACCACUCUUGAGUGCGAAAGAGGCACUUUCUUUGUGGGUACUUGGUGCAAGAAAGGCAAUGUACAGGCAACUAAUCGAAGCUAAAAAUAAAAACAAAAUAGAUCCAGAGAUAACGCUGCAGUUCCUCAAAUCAGCUGUCUAUUACUUUUUAACAGAUAAAGAAAACAGUCAAGGUCAUUUGAAGGCCAUCCAAAGUAUAUUAGGUUUUACUCCUAAUGAAAUUUCAACUAUAGAACGAGCUAGAUUAACUUGAUUCUUUGAAUAUAUAUUUAGUGCCUAAAAUCUAGUUGAAAAUUUAAAUGUUUACGAAAUCGUUACGAUUUUUUAAUAAUUGAUAAUUUGAUAUAAAAAUUUAAUUAAUUUUCGGUGUUUGCCUGAUAUAUGUAAUCGUUAAUUGAGUUGAGAAUAAGGCUGUGCCGGUGAUAAUUGUUAGAUUCAAUCAUUCAACGAAUAAGUCGUUUAUGGUUGAAUAAAGUGAAACGUAUCCUUGACUGAGCUAAUUGUAUUAAGCCUUUCGCACUAUAUUUAAUGUUGAGUAGAAAAUUUUAUAUUUCCGACACUUUUCUCAGUGUAGAAUACUUAUAUAUCCAUUUUUUGAAAUAUAUGGGAUGCUACGUUAAUGGUAUAAUUGUUUAAUCGAUCUGAAACGAUAUAUUUUGUUAAAAUUUUUUCAAUAAAUUUGCAACAACUACA